UAGUUUUGAGAAGAUUGUGAUUCCAACAAGAUGCAAAAAUUACUAAUAAUUUUAAUCAUAAAAGUCAUGAUAUUUGCAGUAAAGUGUCAACUUGAAAAUGUUACUAAUCAACUUUCUAUUUGUGGGGAAGAUCACACCAUGAAGGACGUACGGGCUCAGUUGGAAGCAUUAAAACUGGUGAAUGAAAACUUGGGUCUAAAAUUGGACAUCUACAAUAUGAGAUUGAAUCCAGAGAUGAAAUGUUUAUACAAUAAAAAGGAACAGCACUUUUCGAAGCUACAUUUUCCAGAUAUGGACUGUCGGCCCCAAACAACUAAAAUGAAAUAUCAAAAACAACUACCAAAGAAUUGUGCUGAAGCAAUGGAAUACGAAAAUAGUAAAUCUGGAAUUUAUAAAAUUUACAUACCUGAUUCAGAUCUGAAGCCGUUUUAUGUUUAUUGCCUAAACGAUCCAAAUAAUGGAACCGCUUGGACGGUAAUUCAACGUCGCCAAGAGGGUGGAAUUGAUUUUUCGAAGAUUCGUGAUUGGAAAACAUACCAAGAAGGUUUUGGUAAUUUGAAUGGUGCAUUUUUCAUUGGUUUAGAGAAAUUAAAUGCCAUAACUCAAUCUGAACUACAUGAAUUAUGGUUUGAUAUGGAAGAUUUUGAAGGAGAGAAACGUUACGCAAAGUAUGAUUCAUUUGCCAUAGGCGAUAACUCCACUUAUUAUGAUAUAAAAAUUUUGGGGAAUUAUAGUGGAGAUGCUGGUGAUUCAUUCACUUAUCAUGAAGGUAUGAAAUUUACAACAGGUGACGUUGACAAUGAUCUCUUGGAAAGAAAUUGUGCUGAUUUAUUUAAAGGUUGUUGGUGGUAUCGAGACUGCCAUUACAGCAACUUGAAUGGUGUGUAUUUGGGAGGCAAAUAUGAGGAAUCUAAAUACGGCACUGGCGUAAUUUGGCACACCUGGCAUGGAGAGUACUACUCUUUAAAGAACGUUUUAAUGGCUAUUCGACCAAUAACUUAAUACAAAAUUAAAUGAAUUUUUUGCAAAUUUGAGUUUCCAUAAUUAUUGGUUUUUUUAUCAUUUUCAACUUAUUUACUAUUUGUAUUGAACAAUAAGUAACAUUUUUAAUGAGUUUGGAGUAUGCAUAUACAUGCUUCAUAGUCUAUUGAACAGGUAUUUAUUCAUUUUUUGUAUAUAUUUUAGUAAUUAUAAUAGAAUAUUACAGUUAUUGUAGAAUA